UUAAGGAAAUAAUGAAGCACAUUAAUAAUGUAUUUAUGGUUAGUUUAAUAAAAAGUUUAUUAUAUAUUUAGAUGGACCAACCUAUUUCUCUAAGCAUUCUAAGAAUCAUUGUAGUGAUGACACAUGGCUACAAAACAAUGUUGUAAUGUUUCUCAAAUAAUAUAUAGGGGAUGAUACAUCUUUCUUAUUUAGACAGAAUCCAACUUUUUUUUUACAGGUUUUAAAUUAACUACAUCCUUUUACAAUAUAGUUAAAUUCACUCUUCUAAUUAUAGAAAAUAAUAUUAUACUACUAAAUGUAUUUUUAACAACACAAUAACAAAUCUUGUGUCUAAACAAUAUAAAACAUUAGGUUCAACCUUUUUAGUAACACUUUAUUUAUGUUCUUUUAAAUUAUUUGAUUUAAAAAUAUUCAUAUAUCCUAUAAAAAGUUGAAAUAAGUAUUAUUAUUUUUGCAGAUUUACAUACUAUAAAAUUAAUUAAAUAUAAAAUUAAUUAAUUAUUUGGAGAUUAUUUUAUUUGUAUUUUCAUAAAUAAAAAUUGCAUUCCUUUAAACUUAAUGAAUAUUAAUUUCUUUUCUUAAAUUAUUUUGAUUUUUAUGAACACAUAAUUAUAUAUGCGAGAUUAUGCUUGGUUUAAGUAGACAUCAAAUAGUUUUAUACAAAUAAAAUGUUAAAAUCAAUAAAUUUAUAUCAAAUAUGUUUUAUGAUUUAAAAUGUAUCAAAUAAAUAUACAUAUCACAAAAUUAAUCAAACAAAUGAUAAAUAUUUUAUUAAAACUUCGUAAUGAAACGGGUUGAAAUAAUUUAAAACAAAAUUAAGUAAUAUUUUAGAUAAUUUUCCUAUUUAAUAUAAACUAGAUCUUGACCUACACUUAGCAAGCGCAAAAUAUUUUAUGAUGAAAAUUUUCAAUAAUAACUUAACAAAUAUUUUGUUAAUUUGUAAAAAAAAAGUGUAAUUAAAAUAUUUUUGCAUUUAAAUCUGUGCUUUUAAGUUAGACCCAGAGAUGCGGUCAAACUGGUUAAUCCGGUGAUCCGAUAAUUCGGUUUAGGCUUUAAAAAAUAUAUUCAUACUUAAAACAUGUAUAUAUUACUAAAACCCGAAACUAACCGACUGAACCGAUGGAUGACCGAUAUGUAAUCCAAUUUUAUUUCAAUUUUUUAUAUUUUCAUAAUUUGUCACCUAAUUUUAAUCUAAAGUUUAAACUUCAGUGUUUUGCGAUUGUAUAAAAUUAUAGUGUCUCUACAAAAUUUUGAUACAGAAAAUGAUAGAUAUAAAAUAAUUAAAAACUAUAAUUGUGUCUUGAUCGUAUUAUUCUUUUUAUAUUGAUUAAUUAAAAUUAAUUAUAUUUUUUUGUUUGUAAUUUGUCUUGUUAAUAAUUUGGUCCAAAUUAUAAUCAGUUUAAAUUUGUUGUUUACAAUUACUGUUAAAGAUUUUUCUUCAGAUAAUAUAUAUUUCAUAAUUUUGUUUGUUACUGUAUUUAUCGUACAAUGUAGUUAUUUACAAUGCAUAUUAUAUAUAUAUAUAUAUACUAUGUAGUGGCUAUUAUAGAAUUAUUAUGUUACUUAAAUAAAUGAAAUAACCAUUAUUUAGAAAAUAUAAAAAUAAUACGUCAAAUUUAAUUGAUUUGUUACUAAUUGAAAUGUUUUUUGUAGUAUCCAAACCUGCAAAAAUAAUUUGUAUUUAUAUUUUUUUUAUAAAUUAUUUAAUUUUUGAUUAUUUAAUUUAUCUAAAUAAGUUGAAAGAAAAUUGUUAAAAGAUUAUUCAAAAAAUGAGAUAUAAUGUUUUAUAUUGUUUUGGACAUAAAAUUAAUUAUAGUAUUGUUUGGAAAUAUAAAUAGUAGUAUAAACCCUUCAGAAACAAUUAUGAACCAUUUAUAGGACUUUGGACUGUUAAGCACCUUUAAGAGUUGCUGUUGAAAAUUGUUAGGACUUCGGAAUGUUAAGCACUGUUAGGACUCUUAAAGGGCGGGUAUAUUUUAUUAUUUUUAUUUUUUGUGAAAUUUAAUUUUUAUAUUUAUGUUUUUGUAAUCAUAUUUGCUUUAUAUUAAUUAAAUAUAAUUUUUGGUAACUAUAUUAAAUAUUUCAAGUUGCAUAACUAUACACUUAAACCAAAUGCAUUUCAUAAAUUAUUUUUAGACUUUAUUCCUAAAAGGUUGUAAUAUUUUAUAUUUUCUUAUUAGUUACUUAACCUAAUUAAUCAAGAAUAUUUGUACCCAAAUACUCUGAUUCGGAAUCGACAUGAAAAUCAAAAUUUCAUACUCUAUUAAACAUGACUUAUAUAUUCGAACGAUUCUUAAAUUGUUAUAUCUGAAAACUAAUAUCAAACUCAUUUCACACCGAAAACCGAACAAUUUUUUUGAAAAAGAUUUGAAAAUUUUAAUUUUUAGUAUAUUCUAUUAAAUAUAUAUAUAUAUAUAUGUGUGUGUGUGUGUGUGUGUAAAUGGGUUAAUAUGAUCUUCACUAACUUUAAAUAAAAUCAUAUUUAAUAAAUAUUUUAAUUAAAUAACUUAUUUAAAAGCCGUUAAACUAAAUGAGUUGAUGAAUGAUAACUUGAUUUGUGAAUAGAGAAAUUGUUGGGAAAAUAGCUUGAUUUGAUGGUAGAUAAAAAAAAUUCAUUCAGCCACCCAUCGUUAAUAAAAAAAUUGUUGAUGGAUGUAACCAUAUUAAAUAUUAAAUUUUUAUUUGAUUCGGUUUCCAAUUAUUUUGUUACAUCCCCCUUAUAACAUUUUUAAAAAGGCAACUGUAAUGAAAUAAAAGUCGAGUUAAAUAACGUGUUACCCGUAACAAUUUGUAUCUAUCAGUUGCCAAAACUAGGGAAGAGUUGUGUUUGGUCACACACCGAUCAUGAAUUUGCGGGACAAUGUUGAUAUAUCCAAUCUUAUAAGGAAACACAUUUCCAAAGGAUCACCAAAACAAGCUCUGCUUCUGUACGAAGCAAUCCGCCGCAAAGGAGUGUUCUUUCCGGGAUGGAUUCCUCUGCUUCUAAAAGCAUGUGCUUGCGUUCCAAACUUUGUUCUCGGGAAGCAACUGCAUUCCGAGUCGAUCAAGUUCGGUAUCCACUCUGACGUCAUGGUGAGAACCUCUCUGAUCAAAAUGUAUAGCCAAAGUGGAUGCAUAGUUUCUGCACGUAACGUGUUCGACGAAAUGCCUGAGAGAAACGUUGCUACUUGGAACGCUAUGAUCGGUGGGUAUAUGUGGAACGGUGACGCGCUCUUGGCCACUAGGUUGUUCGGAGAGAUAAUGGGGAGUGGAAAUGAAGUGACUUGGAUCGAGAUGAUGAAAGGGUACGGGAAGAGAAAGGAGACUGAGAAAGCUAGAGACUUGUUUGAGAGAAUGCCUCUGGAGAUGAAGAGUGUGAAGGCUUGGGCGGUGAUGCUUGGAGGGUACGUUAGUAAUAGAGAGAUGGAGGCUGCUCGGAUGUUCUUUGAGGAGAUACCGGAGAAGAACUCGUUUGUGUGGUCGUUGAUGAUCUCUGGGUAUUUUAGGGUAGGUGAUGUGGAUGAGGCUAGUGGUGUUUUUAACCGUGUUAAGGUUCGUGAUUUGGUGAUUUGGAACAGUUUGAUCACCGGUUAUGCAAAGAAUGGGUACUCUGAUAGUGCUAUUGAUGCUUUUGGUAAGAUGCAAGGAGAAGGGUUUGAACCGGAUGCAGUGACGGUUUCGAGUGUUUUGUCUGCUUGUGCUCAAUCAGGUCGUCUUGAUGUUGGGACAGAAGUUCACUCUCUGAUUAACCAUAUGGGAAUUGAGCUUAAUGAGUUUGUUUCAAACGCAUUGAUCGAUAUGUAUGCUAAGUGUGGGGAUCUAGAGAAUGCCUCAUCCGUGUUUGAGUCGUUAAGUCUGAGAAGUGUUGCUUGUUGGAACUCUAUGAUCUCCUGUCUUGCCUUUCAUGGGAAAGGCAGAGAAGCUUUAGAGAUGUUUCAAACGAUGGAGAGGUUAGACACGAAACCGGAUGAGAUCACGUUUCUAGCGGCUCUCACUGCUUGUGUUCAUGGAGGGUUUAUAGUGGAAGGUCUAAAUAUAUUCUUGGAGAUGAAAACCAAAGAUGUGAAACCGAAUGUGAAGCAUUUUGGAUGUUUGGUUCAUCUCUUGGGACUCUCAGGUAAACUGAAAGAAGCCUACGGAUUGGUAAAAGAAAUGCCUGUGAAACCGAACGAUACAGUUUUGGGAGCUUUACUUGGUGCCUGUAAGGUUCAUAUGAAUACAGAAAUGGCUGAACAGGUGAUGAAGAUAAUCGAUACUGCAGGAAGCAUCACAAACGGUGACAGUGAAAAUCAUCUUGUGUUGAUAUCGAACUUGUACGCACAUGCCGAGAGUUGGCAAACAGCUGAAACAUUGAGAGUGGAAAUGGAGAAAAGGGGUCUUGAGAAAUCCACAGGAUUAAGCUCACUAGUUUUGUCCUGAGUCUACACGACUUAGAUGUUUCAGACGGCAAAGAACUAAAGACACCUGAUGAGUAUGAAACAAGAACAUUAUCCCCGUUGCUUGUAAAAAGGCUAAGAGGGUGACAAGGCUAACAAGAACUCAGGUUCGAAUAGUGAGGGAAGCUGGUGAACAUUGAAGCAGAAGUGGUUGAUAGUUCUUCCAAUAGUUUUGAUUGCAUCGCUGGCAGUCUCUGAGCAUCAAGUUCUCGUUAAAUGCGUUUGAGAUCAAGCUGAUGAGUUCCAGAAAGAUGGUUUCAGCUAAGUGAGAGAAGCAAGUGACAGGUUCAGGUUGCAUUGGCAAGAACAUUGAUUGUAUGUGAUACGUUUUGAAGAACAUUGGCAAGAAGACAAGCCUGAGUCUAUGGAACGUGUUGAAGAAGGCUUCAGAUCGCAUUGUAUUAAGAUUAACGCGAAUUUAAGUCUAUUGUGUAUUUUUCUGUGUAAACUGUUGAUGAAAAUUACAGCUGCAGAGAUCCGACAUGCUCUGUCUGAAUUAUAUAUCUCUUGUAAUAAAAAGACGGUACUUUUCAU